AUGGUACGGACAACAAUUGCAUGUGCGAGGUGUAGGAAAGCUAAAAUCAAAUGCGUCCAUGAUGGCUUGCCACCGUGCCAAAGCUGUAUGAAAGAGGGAUCAGCCAGAAUCAUUCACGCAUGUACCCUCACACGCCCCAUCAUAAAGCGGAAGAAAUCAUUAGCAGCGUAUAUUUCUUUAGGCACAUCUGAAAGUGGCCCUGUUGAGCCUGGGGCUGCCUCUUGGACACAGAGGAGGAAAACUUUUUCUCCAGAUCGUCAACGGGAAAUAGGCGAGAAGGAAAAUUCGAACAGCUCACAGAAAGAAUUCAUACAUCGCGUUACCAAGGCCGCAAACGCAUUUGUGAUACAAUUUCCAGAGCUGAAUUUUCUGCAUCUUCCAAGUUUUUUACAGGGCUUAAAAUACUUGAAUGGGGAUGCAGUGGACAUCACCGGUCAACACAACGCUACUAGCUACAGAGCUACUUUAAAAGGUCUUUGUUUCGCUUUGUUGGCACUCUGUGCUCCAUGGCUUGAGGAUGAACAUCCCACAGAUGACUACAUACUGUCGGCGAGAUCCAGCAUGUCAAUCAUUGAUCAUCCAGAUGUCUUCACAAUCCAGACACUUCUGGUUAUAGCAAUGUAUGAGUGGGGAUGCGGCAGAACAUUUAAGGCGUGGGCAGAUAGCGGGAUGGCGAUAAGAUCGAUUCAGCUGCUCAAUGCCCUUCCAAAGCCACGUAGCACCACAGAACUGCAGAGUGAAAUCCAGAACCGCACAUUCUGGGCCUGCUUCGUCAUGGAUAGACUUGUCUUCUGUGGAAAACCUCAGCCGCUGGCUCUUCCCCUUCCGUCUGUAGAAGUGCACUGGCCUGUUGGACAGCGAGACUUUGCAUUUGGCCAGACGACUUCCCGCUUCUACCCACAUAUUGAAUACGGCACAAGCAUGGAUCAAGCCAAUUAUAGCGACUUGGAUAGAGUCUAUACGCUUAUUGUUCAAGGGUAUGAUGUUUGGUCCAAGAUCCUACAGUGGGUAGCCGGAGGCGGUCGUCGGCGACAACCCGUUCGCCACCAAUUUGUAUCUCCGUGGGAACGUGGCUCCAUCUGGCUUUCUUUAUACGAAGAAUUGCGGGAGUGGCGUGAAAGACAUGACGUUUGCGUUCGAUUUCCAGAUACAGCAGUGGAGGUUCACGCUAGCCUCGGACAGGCACAUGGUUUUGCAUAUCUCAAUCUGAUAUAUCAUCUCUGCCGUCUAUUUCUAGGGCGUGAGUAUAUCCCUUUUCUCCCUACCCCCACGUCCGAACCUUCGGGACCGGUUGAUCCGCCCCUCCUAGCACUUGAGGCACCCCCUGGAUGGUGGGAAGAAAGAGCAUAUGAACUAUUCUCAUCGUCGGCACACAUCACCGAUAUCCUUCGUCGGUUGGAUGCUGCAGCGGCGCCGUUUUCAACGCCCUUUUCCGGUUUCUGCGCUUUCUCGGCCGCCACUAUGAAUUCGUACGUCUUGUAUUUCCCCCGGAUGAAUCUAGGCCGAAGCAUGAAUGCCGCAGCAGACUUUAAAGCCGACAAAGUUUAUCUCGAUCGCUUUCGUAGACAGUGGGAGAUAGGAGCCCGUUGGUGGACAGCUAUAGAGACCACCCAGCAACUCCAUGAGAAGGCUAGUCGUGACCGGGAAAAGUUCUUUGGAAAAACUCGCGCAGACUUUCAGGCAUUAGAAGCGAUCAUUAACCACAGUGCAUCUACCUUUCUUUCCGAUGCAGAAGCCGAUACUCACGGAGAGCCUCAAGAUCACACAAGAGAUCCCCCGAUAACUCCUAGGUCAAAUAGCGUCAACGACGGGCUUGGGGCUCCUGUUGCCGGAAACCACUCCGUAUCUGAGGUGACGGGCGUUCAGGAUCCAACUCAGUACCAGCUCCAGGUACAAUCUCAACAUGAUACAAUCUUAUACUAUGAUGGUGAUGGCAAUGCGUGGAAUGCAAUCUGGCCUUUGUGGGAAGAUCAGAUGGGUAUCUCAUUUGAAUCGGAAACUGUUCCGUGGGAUUACGCUGCUCAUUCGGCGGCAGUAGUAUAA